AACAGCAACCUGGGCGGCCGCCUUGGAGGCGGCGAUGGUGGGCCCUGGGCAAGAGGACGGAGGGGAUAAGUCGCCCAUCGGCCGCUGGAGGGGCUACUGCCUGGUCCUGGCGUCGUGCGCCUACGUCUGCGCCGUCCUUCGCGAGUCUGAGGACGACAUGCUCUUCGCCGACAUGGCCGAGGCGACGGCGGCUGCCUGGGCCGCGGCGAGGGAGGUGUCCGGUGAAGGGCGAGCGGCAAGGCCUUCCUCGUCCUUGGGGUCUGUGGGGAACGUCGUCGGCGCGGCGGUAGGAGGCGUGUCCCACGCCGUCACCGAACUGGCGACAACGGCAGAGACAGCCACUGCGGGUGUCGCGCGUGCCGUCGGGGUGCAAGGUUCGAUCAUCGGUCCCACACACGCCAUAUCUGCCGCGCUGACGUCGCUCAAGGGCGCCGCCCGCCGCGUCCGAAAAGGCGCGUCCGGAAACCGCAAUAAUGGGGCUGGGACGGCAGCCGCGGUGAUGAUGGUAGGGGAGGGGGUGGAGGAGGAGGAGGAUGGGGGCAACGGAGAUGACGGGAGAAGUGAAGGCGUUGCUGGUGAGGUGGAAGGCGGAGGCGGCGGUUAUGGUGGCAAUUCCACGGCGGCGAGGGAAAUGGGAGAGGCUCCCCCAGCCGCCGCGGCUACGGUGGUCGGGGGAGAGUUCGAGGGGUCCGUCUUCGGCGAGGAGGCUAGGCGGUACGAGGUCAUGCUCGAGGCGAUGCUGAGGAGCGCGGUCGAGUCCUGCCUCGAUGGUUUCCUGUGGCGCACGAGGUCGUACUUGCGGGCGUGGGACAGGGGUAUCGCCGUCGUCGUGCACGCCUCCUCGGCGGCGGCUUCUUCACCCCUGCCCGGUGGUUCAUCGUCGUCAUCGGCUUCGUCUUUCGCAGCCGAACCCUCGGGGCGUCUUUGCGAGGGGGUGCAGCUGCUCGAGACAGCCUUGGGAGUGGCGGAAGGGUGUCUUCCCCCGGGCCAGUUCCAGCAGUUCUGGACGGCGCUGGCGAGCGGGCUGGACCUGACGCUAGUAAAGCAGAUUGUCGCCCGCAGGGUGGAGAUGACCCAGGACGAGGGGCUGCAGCUGUUGGCGGACCUGAAGGUGCUCAUGGGUCCGUUCGACUCUCUCGCGCGUCGCCGGCCGGAGAGGCACUUCCCGGCGCUAGCCGAGGCGGCGGUGCUGCUGUCGCUGGAAAAGUCCCAGCUGCGGUCGCUGUCUUCGGGCCUGGAUGCCCACGGUGGGAGUGUGGAGGAGGCCGUGAGGGGGGGCGGUUGGGACGGCUGGCGCGAAGAGGGCGGCGCUCUAUCGCCGGAAGGCACACAGAUGCGUGACAUGCUUGAGAACGUCGGCGUUCGACGGAUGGGGCCAGCGGAGGCCUCCAUCCUCCUGGACAAGCGGCUGAAGGGAGACCGUCUUGCGGUGCUGGGGUACCUCUCCGCUGCCGCCGGGAAGAACGGCGGCGGCGGCGGUGGCUCUAAUCCUGCGGUGGCGGGUUUCACGGUGGCUGGUGUCGUCGGAGUAGCGCCGAGUGGCGGCGACGGCGGGGUUGAUGGCGCGCUCACUGGGCCCAGUGUUGGAGGAGGUGGGGUCGGCGUCAGCCGGGAAGGAGCGGCGCCAAGGGAGGCGGUGUCUUCGUUUGGGUGAAGACGCCAUCUUGCAGUCUGUUUUUGUCGAGACUGAGGGACACAGGGGGUGUAGUGUGGUCUAGGAGGUCGUUAUCGGGAAAGGAGGAGGAGCGAGGGCACAGAUUCUUGUGUGUUUGAUGUGAAUACGACCAAACGUCCGUCCAUACUGUUAUGUCUAACUGGAACGGCAGCAUCGAUCCUGGGAAAGUCGGAGUAUGCGCUUGCAAGUGAGCGCGUCGGUGCGCCGCCGUGUUGUGAUUGUGGAUUCCCUCCGCGUGCGAUUGGGGCUAUUUAUCGAAUGAUGGGCGAAGCAGGAGUAAGGUGUGUCACGAUCUUGUCCGGCGACUCGUUCGAGUCGGAAACGUCGUAGCGGUUUGAGGAACGGUUCCGGGGCGCCCAUGACGAUGUGGUUUAUGAGAGCUUGUUCGCGUGGGACCGAUGAGAGGAAGAGCCUACGAAAUCCCUGGCGAUGC